AGAUUCAAUGGCUUCUACAAAAUGUAGAUUUGUCCACUGUGCUUGGUAGCGUCUCAUCCAACAGAGGUUUCACUUCAUCAAUAGUGCAGAAACAUGAGUGUGGAGUACCGAGUCUCAAAGACAGCUGACACGGAUACGACCAGAAGUGAAAUUGCCUACAAAAAUUUUUCCUCUGAUGGGAAAAAUUUUCUCUUUUCAGUUUAUUCCCUGAGAGGCAAGAGCUUUAAGGUUGCUACAAUUGGCCUUGGACUGCUCUGCGCUGUGCUGGUGGCAUGGCUAAUUGGUCAGAGUGUUCACAAUCAAAAGGUAAAGAAAGAACAUCUGGACACAUUAAAAGCCCUCAAUGAAAACAAAGAGCAGCUUCAAGCAAACCUGAAGACAGUGCAGAGUGCAAAAAGAGAGCUCGAAGCCAAUUUGAAGCAUCAACAGGAGGGUAGCGAUUUUAUUUCCAGACAAAUGCGCGUAGUGCUUGCCAAUAACAGAGAGCUAACAAAUGAGAAAAAUGAUCUUCAGGCUAAGCAAAGAGAGGCAGAUACCAACAAAAUUGCUUUAAACAAAGAGUUGGGAGAGCUGAGAGGCAGUACAGCCCAGCUGCAGAAAGAAAGAGAUGCAUUAAACACUGCCUAUAUCAAUUUAAAUACACAAUAUAGUGCAAUUGUCAAAAGCACCAAAGAACUACAGGCUAAUUAUGACAGUGUUACUAAGGACCGGAACAAUUUACAGAACACACUUAACAAUGUGAGCAGAGCUAGAGAUUAUCUCCAGUCAAGUUACAAUGAAAUGGUCGAUAAGACGAAAGAACUACACGACAAAUACAACUUCUCCUUGAGUGAGAAGGACAAGCUGUCGAGCGCCCACCUAAACCUUACAGCGGAAAUCAAAGUACUGGAAGACUUGAACAAUAUGCUGAGAAAGGCAGAAAGUACCUUGCAGAGAUCAUAUAGCUCGGUGCAAAGGGAGAAAAGUGAACUUCAGAGCAGCCUGAAGAAUGUAACCGCUGAGCGAGACCUUCUGAAAGCAAAAGUUGACAACCUGACUGCUGAGCAAGAGAAGCUGCUGGGGAGAUUCAAUGAACUGAAUGCAACUCUUCAAGAGAAACGUUGCCCUGCUGGCUGGAGGAAGUUCCAGUACAGCUGCUACUUCCCCUCUAUCACCAAAAAAACCUGGACGCUAAGCAGAGAGGACUGCCACAGCAGGGGAGCAGACCUGGCCAUAGUGACCAGUAGAGAGGAAAUGAACUUCAUCAACAGUUUGUACCAGGACAAAGAGGUGUGGAUCGGUCUGACUGAUGAAGGAGUGGAAGGGCAGUGGAAAUGGGUUGAUGGAACACCAAUGACUAUAGCGUUCUGGGCUAAAGGGCAGCCAAACAGCCAUCAAGGGAGGAACCAGGACUGUGUGGAGGUCUGGCACCGUACCAACGGGGAUGGUGACUGGAAUGAUGAGAAUUGUAGUGUUGAACAACACUGGAUCUGUGAGAAGUAGCUUUCCUUUGCAACUUUGCUUCCAAAAGACGUUCAGUCACCUUACUAUGUAUAUGAACGUACUGUGAUCAGAUGAGAGCGAAAUCAGCAGUUUUGAUCUACAUUCAAAAUGGUAUGAGUGCUGUGAGCACCACGUCCCCACAGUGAGACACGGUGGUGCAUCAUCAUUCUGUGGGAAGGUUUUUCCACAGUAAUUACAGUAAAUCUUGUUAGCUCAAUAGCAUUUCCAGAAUGUAAUUAUUUCCAUUUUUUGGUCUUCUUGAAAAUGUUUUCCUUUCUUUUCAUUCAGUAUUUUCUGCUGUGCCAUUGCAUAUUUGGAUUUGCCCUGCAAUUUCAUUUAUAAAAUUGGUGAUGAUUUGUUUGUUUUUUUUUCUUAUUGUUGAGUUGAUCAUUGUUCCGAUUCCAUCUGAAAAAGCUUUAUGUAACACAUUUUUAUCCAUUUGUUUUAAAGUGUGCUUAAAAGAUUUUAUGCUUUGAAUCAAAUUUUGGAUGAAAAUACAAUCAAAAAGAUGUAAGUUUUUGGGGGUUUUUACCAGUAUUUCUGCAUGGGAGAGUGCUGUGACACUGAGAUUUCAGUCUUUGUUUCAAAUCAAAGGUAAAAAAAAGGCAUCAGUCUUUGUGAUAAAUACACAUAUUGGUGGAGCAAAGCAUGAUGCUCCCCCAACAUGUAUGCAUAACCAAUAUCUAUGCAUAACACUGAUGUUAAUCUUACUCAUCUUCUGUAUUAAGAUCUUGUCAGAAUCCAGAUUAGAGGUUGCACAUAUUUUAAUACCAAACCAAUUUAUGACAAAAACUUGAUUCUGUGAAUAAAAAAAUAAUUUUGUUGAGAGUGUACCUGUAGCUAUUAUGUUGUUUGAUGUUUUAUUCAGCUUUUUCUCCUUGCUGAUAACAGUAAGCUGUAUUCUUGAUCUGAAGUCUCGUUCUCUCCAAUUAUUUCUUGCAUAUUUUCUGUUUUGAAAUGUGUGAUCAGUACUUUUAAAAAUCUUACUUUAUAUUACCUUUUCAUAUGACACAAAAAUGACAACCAAAAAAAUAAAUACCGGUAAACCUCACGCAAACAAAGGCCAAAAUAUAGUGAAAUAAAAAUGUGGGUAAUUGUU